GUAUUAUUAUUACGCGACAGGCAAUCGGUGCGACAACAACAGCAAACUAAGCAACGCAUCGCAGGCGCAAGCAACCAAACUACAUAUUACAACAUAUUUACUCGUCGCCCCAUCAAAGCAGUGAGGGGUGGGGAAAGGAUAUAUUUUCCGCCCUACCCGCCAGCCACCCCCAAAGAAGUGGGUGGCGAAGAAUCGCCGUAGGAUCCGCUCCUCCGCGACCAUUCAUUCAGUCACGAAAUCUCAUUCGGUGUGUGAGUGUUGAUGAGGUUAGUUGUGAAACGCGGUCUGUUUCGUGAUGAAUCUGAAAACCGAAAAGUGCAUCAAAGGAAUCAAUUAAUCAAAUCAGUGAAGUAAAUUUAAUUACCAGCGGAAAAGAAGAAACAAAUCUAGUUGAUAGUGUGCCCCGUGAAAAGAGGCGAAAAAGUGUUGCAUACUCAGGGGCUGGCUGCAAAAAUCUGCGCUAACAUGUUGUUCUCGGCGAGUGAACGUGGAGGCAACAGCAAGAGCAGCAGCCUCCGCCCCCUGAAAGAAGCAGCAGCAGCACGCCCGCUAGCCAAGGCCGACGGCAACGUGAAGCACCUGCAAUGGCCACACUAAUACCAGUGAACGGCGGCCAUCCAGCAGCGAGCGGACAAUCCUCCAAUGUGGAGGCGACAUACGAAGAUAUGUUCAAAGAAAUCACACGCAAAUUGUACGGCGAGGAGACCGGAAACGGUUUGCAUACGCUCGGCACGCCGGUGGCUCAGGUGGCCACCAGCGGGCCGACAGCGGUGCCCGAGGGCGAGCAGCGCUCCUUCACGAACCUGCAACAACUUGAUCGCUCGGCAGCGCCCAGCAUUGAAUACGAGUCCAGUGGGGCAGGCGCCCCGGGCAACAACGUGGCCACCACCCAGGCCAAUGUAAUCCAGCAACAACAACAGCAGCAGCAACAGGCGGAGUCGGGUAACUCUGUGGUGGUAACGGCCAGCAGUGGUGCAACUGUGGUGCCGGCACCCAGUGUGGCAGCCGUUGGUGGCUUCAAGUCCGAGGAUCAUCUAAGUACCGCCUUUGGGCUGGCAGCCCUGAUGCAGAACGGUUUUGCAGCUGGUCAGGCGGGCCUACUUAAAGCCGGCGAGCAGCAACAGCGCUGGGCGCAAGAUGGAUCUGGCCUGGUGGCGGCAGCGACAGCGGAACCACAACUAGUACAGUGGACCUCGGGCGGAAAGCUCCAGAGCUACGCUCACGUCAAUCAACAGCAGCAGCAGCAGCAACAACAACCGCAUCAGAGCACACCCAAGUCCAAAAAACACCGCCAGGAGCAUGCGGCUGAAUUGAUCUACGCCAGCCCUUCGACAUCGGCCAAUGCGGCCCAGAAUCUGGCCCAAUCCACACCCACCUCAGCGCCCAGCAACAGCAGUGGCGGCAGCACUAGUUCCUCCGGCGGAGGCGGUGGUCGCAAGAAGGCCGCUCAAGCGGCAGCAGCUGCCGCAGCCGCGAAUGGAGUGCACAUUCAGAAGCGUUACGCGUGCACUCACUGUCCUUACUCAACGGAUCGGCGGGAUUUGUACACUCGCCAUGAGAACAUCCACAAGGACGAGAAGCCCUUCCAGUGCUAUGCCUGCCUCAAGCAGUUCAACCGUGCCGAUCAUGUCAAGAAGCACUUCCUGCGCAUGCAUCGAGAACUGCAGUAUGAUAUAAACAAGACCCGGCGACAUGUCUCGGCGGGCAGUGGCUCGUCGGGCAGUGGUUCCUCCGGCAGUGGAUCUCAUCAUUCCGGCGGUCGUGGUAAUGUAACCAUUAACUCGGCGGGCGUGAAUAUAGAUAAUGCCUUCUUGGAGGCCCAACGACAUCCCACCUCGACCAGUAUGAGCAUCGUGGAGACGAUCGAGGCGGUGGCCUCGGCUACGGACAUGCCACUGGCCCAGCUCAAGCAGGAGAAACUGGACGAUGGCGGCGGUGUGGUCUUACCGCUGCAUGUGGGAGUUAUGCAACAGCCGGUGGCUAGCUCCAGCUCCGGCAGCAGUGGCAGUCAUGCUGGCAAUGGAAACGGUGGCAACAGCUCUGGUCUGCUGAAACCGAAGCGUGAGAAACGCUUCACCUGCUGCUAUUGCCCGUGGUCCGGAGCGGAUAAAUGGGGUCUCAAGCGACAUCUUAACACGCACACAAAGCCCUUCGUUUGCCUGCUCUGCGAUUACAAGGCGGCUCGUUCCGAACGCCUGGCCACCCACGUGCUCAAGGUGCACAAUAAGAGAGCAUGCAGCAAGUGCUCCUACUUAGCGGACACGCAGGAGGAGUACCAGGCUCACAUGAGUGAUGUGCAUCCGCACGAUAAUCGGCCGGCGCGCAGCGGCAACGGCAACCAGAGCGGCGGCAGCAGCAACGGCAAUAGCAACGGCAACGGCGGCGGCAAUGGCAACAACAAUGCCAAUGCCGGAGGCCACAGCCACAGCCAGAACCUCAAUGUGCUGCGAACUAUUGGCAACAGCCUGGUGGCCAACAACCAGCUGAACACCUAUGCCGGCAAUGCUUUUGGCUCGUCCAGUGGCAAUGUGGGAAAUGCGAAUGGAGGCGGCGGUGCCGUAACCAUCUACACCACCACAACCAAUGAGGGCGUGGCAGGCGGCGGCGGAGGCAAUGGUGGCGGCGGCGGCGGCAUUAGCGGAAACAUUUCCGGUGGCGGACCGUUACAGGAGAUCAUCGUGAAUCCAUCGUCGAUGGUCGGUUGGCGGCUAAGCGCCAAUGGAUCGUUGAUCCCGCCACAUGAUCUGCUCACCGGCGGAUUGCCAAAUGCGGCCACGCAAAAGCGCGGCUCUGAGCGAUUGUUUCAGUACCUCGAGGCCGAGGGCAGCGAUCCGGAGGACUAUGCGCGUCUACUAAAAAUGGACGCCAUUAGUCGCAACACCGCUUCGGUCGCUCAGGAUUUUCAUAAGGCGGGAGGCGUGCACGAGUUGAAAAUACCAGCCAAUCAUCAACUCCUGUUUAACAAUAAACUGCCUUCGCAAUGGACGACACGAGAGGCUGCUGCAUUGCUAUACAGCCUGAGCAACAUGGGUGGCGGCUCUGCAGGCUCCAUUUCCGGUUCCCAGCGUCAAAAGUUCGGUAUGCGAGCGCGACAACAUUCCACCGGCGAGGAUGACGAGAAUACACCAUCGUCUGCUUCUUCGUCGAGUUUCUCUGGUGAUGAGUUCAACAUGAGCGCCACAUCGCCAUUGAAGAUGUCGCGUCAUGCCGUUAAGCUGGAGAAAAUGGAUGAGAUGGAUGCCAAAGACAUGGUACCCACUAAGGCGAUGAUGGCAACGGCAUUUCUAGAGGCGGCCAACUACGAACAGACGGCCAUUGAGCUGCUGGCUAGCAAACGGAAGAUCAAGGUCGAGGAUGAGAAUGAUGAGGACCAAGAGAACCAGCAACAUCACAGCCAGCAGCAGCAGCGAUUGCAGCUUAUUAAAUCGUCUCCCGCGUACAAAUUAAACAACAAUAACAAUAGCAACAACAACAACAACUACAACUACAACAAGGACAAGUCAUCGCACAGAAAUGCCGUUCACCAUCAUCGUCAGGAUGACAAGGAGAACAACAAGACCAAGUCGCCAGGAGCAGCAGCAGCAGCAAGUGAUGCAGCUGCAGUAGCAACAUCAUCACCGCCCAGCGGUAGCGGCAACACCAAUCAGACACCGUUCCUCACCCAAAUGGAGUACCAGAAUCUCAAUCGCAUUGGCACCCAGUUCCAGAACUACGUCAAGGACAUUAUCAACAAGUACUAUGCGGCGGAGACACCUCUGAUGCUGGCCGCUGCUGCAGCAGCUUUGCCCACGGCCACGACUACGGGUCAGCAGCAACAGCCGGAACUGGACAUUGAGAACAUGUCGCCGAGCAAACGUCGUCGUCUGCUCAGCGAAACGGAGGAGUACAUCGAGUAUCUGCGAAACAAGGAGGAUAUUACUCUGACUAUUGCUCCAAAGGUUCAGCCACCGCAGCCGGUGACAUCUCUUCUCAAACGCCAGUUGGAUCUCAGCACACCUCGUCGAAGCCCAAAGAAGGUGGCUCCGGCUCACAGCAACAGUGCCUCGAAUUCCUCCCGCAAGUCCCUCAACCAAUUGGCCACCCUUUUGCCAUUGCUGGCGGAUGCGGCCAGCCAGCAGGAGUAUCUGGCUGCUCCGUUAGAUUUUAGCAAGAAGUCCAGCUCCCGCAAACAGGCACAGCCCAAAAAGAUCCGCUUGACACCCGAGGCUGUGGUCACUUUGCUGAGAGACAAGUACCUCAAUCGCAUGGUGCGUCAACGUUUGGGCUGUCACAAGUGCAACCAGAAGCGAAAGAACAGUUCCAUCAGCUUUAGUUAUCAUACGCUGGGAUCGCUGGCUCUCCACAAAUACUGGCGACAUGGCCAAAAGGGAUCCUUAGCGGGUAAAAGAGAAAAGCUGCAGGCAGCUCUGCAGAAGAGGAUGCAACGGGGACAGGCGGAAAAAUGCUAAAUGUGGCCGUGUAGUUUUCGGUUCUAUUUAAUUCGCUUAAGAUUAGAAAAUGUUUGCUUGCCAUAUAUGGAGUGCAUUAGGCAUUUGACAUUGAAAAUCAUUUAAAAAAUUGCAUUUAAUUUUUUAAAUUUUAAGUUGUGAUGUACCUGAAAUAUGAUUUCUCUUAAACAAACAAAAAAUACUUAAAAAACAAACAAACACAAUUCAUGCAAACGGUCUCGAAAGCGUUUAAGCAGCCGACUGCAAGUGAAUUUCAUUAUCUUAGUUAUACUAUUGAGCUAUCUCACAAAUACACCUUACAUACACUCACAAUUAACACUUUAUAUACACACACACGGAUAUUUAACUAUUUAGUAAUUUAACCUGGAAUGAGCAUUUAUCAAAUGUGUACCCCAGCCUUUGAUUUCAUCCAUUUGGUAUUUGUUUUUGUAUUCGAUUGAAUGAAAAUGUGAAGUAAAAAGCUUUAAUUUGCCAUUUACAAAGCUUCAGUUUUAGUUAAAAGUAAUGAUUGCCAUCUUUUUACACCUAGCAUUUAGUCGUAUAGUUACCUUAGUUUAUGGAUUAAUUUAUGAACUGCAAACUCGAACCUCAUCGAACCCUUUUGCCUUACUUAUCAUUUAAGCUUUAACGUGAAUAUCUAUAUAUAUAUUUAGUUUUAGUUGAUUUACUUAGUUACUCCUCCUUGGAGCAGCAGUCACGCCCACAAUGCCCACAUAAAAAACAAAAAACAAAAACCAUUCUCAAGCGAAAAGUUUUAAAUAAGGAUAAAAGAAAGAAAACGUCUAUAAAUAUUAACAAAAGAAAAUGAACAAAAACUAUAUUACUAUACUGUGUAGAUGUAUUUCAUGAUUUUAUCAGAAAAGAAUGAAGAGGAUUAGAAAGUCGGAGAGAUGAAGAACAUGAUGGAAACACAAGAACAACUUACAAAAUACUCAAAGAACAUGGAUAGAAUACAACUUUUUACCACACUGAACAAGAAAUAUUUGACUGAAAAGUGUCGGGGAAAGAUAUGAUAUAUAUGAAUAAAGGUAUAAACAAUUUUAGUGUAAAA